AUGCCCAAUCUUCUUCAGCUUCCACCCGAGUUGCUCGGCCGUAUCAUCGAAUUUUCGAUGCCACUUGACUUCGAGAAUCUCAUGAUCACGUGCCAGGGUGUAUAUGCCUGUGGUAAGUCACAGAUUCCUAUGCAUACAGCGUACAAGAAAGAAUGGCGUAAGAUAAGCCUGAACAGUGGCCAGGACACUGCGGCAGCAUUCAAGUGCCUCUACCAAAUCGCCAAGGCCCCCAUCAUUGCUGACUACAUCGAAUGUGCCGACUUGCGGGGUAGCGGUCUGAAUGGAUUGCAGUUCGAUCUCGAGCAAUCUCUGGAAGAAUUCCAUGCCCUGCAUGCUGAUACCAAGUCGAUGGAACGUUUCAGGAGCCUUGUUGCUGGAUCGUCUUGCUUACUGGAAAAUAAAGUCGCUGUACGCAAUUGGCAAAGCAUGGUCACCAUGGACUCUGAAGAAAACGAUGAGAGCAAACCUCUAGUCAGCUGGUCAUGGGCAUUUCUUCUAGCACAAUUGAAAAACGUCAAGAGAUUAACCCUUCCGAUGGAAUGGGGGUCGAUUGUGGUCCCUGAUUGGGAUGAAACACGUUCGGGGCGAUGGCAGUUACUUGAGAAGAUGAUGAGGCUCAGCUACACAUCUACAAGACAUGCACCAUGGUCGCAGCUCAAAACGCUUCGGUUCCUUGAACCUGUCGAUUAUGAAACCCGCAAUGGACUUGCCACGUUACUACCUUUCCUGGGGACAAGUGGCUUAGAAGAGCUAUACGCCACAAGUCUAGUCGCUGUGGAUGAUGGUUACACUGGAAUUUCAUUCCAUUGGCCCUAUACCGACUUGAAUUCGUCACUCCGUUCGGUCGAAUUAGUGAGCUGCUGCAUGGACGGCGAAGGAAUUGGGAACUUGCUUGUUCAUACUCCUAAAUUGCGAUCCUUCAAGUACAGCCAUCAUACCAAAUGGCAUGGAUGCGAACAUGACUGGAACGCCGGGGCUUUCGUUGCCAGCAUUGGUGAACAUUGCGGUCAUCAGCUCACAGAACUUGCCGUUACUGUUGACCAACUCUUUGGUCGUAUCAUAAAUGGUGUCACAUCCAUGAAAGAAUUCGAAUGCCUUGAGAGUGUAGAGCUUGAGAUUGGCAUAUUUGCUGGACCUUCUCUGCAGUCUGGUGAGCGCAGGGGAACCAACUCCUGCAGCCCUUCUGAGGGUUAUGAACCGUGGGUAGAGAAGGACGUACCGAAGCUGGUCCAGAUACUACCGUCAUCGUUGAAAAGCCUAUGGCUAUUUGACAAUAGAACCAUCUGGACAGAUAAUUCCGUGCCACUCUCCUUAAUAAAGGACUUCUCCGCUGGUCGAGAUUGGCUUCUAUCAGAUCUUGAGCAUUUGUCAUAUCGACAACUUCUUGGAAGGGAUUUGUCAUUUCCGGAUCCAGAGGCAUCUGCAAUUGAGAGUGUCAAGAAGCAGGCCGAGCUCAAUGGUUUCGCAUUUAUCGCAGGUGCAGGCCUACAACCUUUUUGGCGGCGGGCGUUUGGGGAAAGACAUGGCAUUCUUGCUGAUGACUGA